AUGGAAAUUCUGUGCUUGUUGUAUAUUGUGUUGGGUUUGUAUGUUUCAGUUGGUGAAUUUGUUGGUGCUGAGUUACAAGACCAAGCUAUAAUACAAGCCAUCAAUCAGGAGCUAAGAGUUCCUGAAUGGAGUGAUGCAAACAUUUCAGAUUACUGUACAUGGCAAGGGGUUUUAUGUGGCAAUCAUUCAAUGGUAGAGAAGCUUGAUCUUUCUCACAGAAGUCUUAGAGGUAAUGUGAGUUUAAUCUCUGAGCUCAAAAGUUUGAAGUUACUUGAUCUUUCUAAUAAUAACUUUGGUGGAUUGAUUCCUCUUGCUUUUGGAGAUUUGUCUGAGCUUGAAGUUCUAGAUUUGUCUUCUAAUAAGUUUGAAGGUUCGAUUCCGUCACAGUUUGGUGAUCUCAGAAGCUUAAAAUCAUUGAACAUUUCUAAUAAUUUGCUUGUUGGUGAGUUACCAAUGGAACUUCACGGUUUAAAGAAAUUGCAGGAUUUGCAACUUUCUAGUAAUCAGUUGAGUGGUUUUAUACCUUCUUGGGUGGGGAAUUUAACCAAUUUGAGAGUUUUUUCGGCGUAUGAGAAUCGUUUAGAUGGUAGGAUUCCAGAUAAUCUAGGCUUGAUUCCUGAACUUCAGAUACUUAACUUGCAUUCUAACCAGCUUGAAGGUCCGAUACCAGCAAGCAUUUUCGCUUCGGGGAAGCUUGAAGUUCUAGUUCUUACUCAGAAUAAUUUUAGUGGUAAUCUUCCGGAGGAAAUCGGGAACUGUCGUGGCCUUUCGAGCAUUAGAAUUGGAAACAACCAUCUUGUAGGUACUAUUCCUAAGACCAUUGGAAAUCUUAGUAGCCUGACAUAUUUCGAAGCCGAUAAUAAUAAUCUUUCUGGUGAGCUAGUGUCGGAGUUUGCGCGAUGUUCUAAUCUCACCCUUUUGAAUUUAGCUUCAAAUGGAUUUUCUGGGAUGAUUCCACAAGAGUUUGGACAACUUAUGGAUCUUCAGGAAUUGAUUUUGUCUGGAAAUGGCCUAUUUGGUGAUAUUCCAAAACCAAUUCUCAGUUGUAAAAGCCUCAACAAGCUUGAUAUCAGCAACAACAAAUUCAAUGGGACGAUACCGAAUGAAAUAUGCAAUAUUUCUCGGUUGCAGUACUUGUUAUUGAAUCUGAAUUCCAUAAGAGGAGAGAUCCCUCAUGAGAUAGGAAGUUGUGCAAAACUCCUUGAAUUACAGUUGGGAAGUAAUUAUUUGACUGGAACUAUUCCUCCCGAGAUCGGUCGCAUCAGGAACUUACAGAUAGCUUUGAAUUUGAGUUUCAACCAUCUCCAUGGACCACUGCCACCUGAAUUAGGAAAACUGGACAAACUUGUUUCUCUCGAUGUUUCAAAUAAUCGGCUAUCAGGCAAUAUCCCAACCGAGCUUAAGGGAAUGUUGAGCUUGAUAGAGGUGAAUUUCUCAAAUAAUCUAUUUGGAGGCCCUGUACCAACAUUUGUACCGUUCCAGAAGAGUCCUACUUCGAGUUUUUUAGGAAAUAAAGGGCUUUGUGGAGAUCCAUUGAACUCUUCGUGUGGAAAUAUUUAUGAUGUUCACGGUAGUUACCAUCACAAGGUUUCUUACAGAAUCGUAUUGGCAGUAAUUGGUUCUGGUUUGGCAGUUUUUACGUCGGUUACUAUAGUUGUCUUGCUGUUUAUGAUCAGAGAGAGGCAAGAAAAAGCAGCUAAAGAAGCUGCAGGUAUUGUUGAUGAUCCAACUGAUGACAAACCAACUAUCGUAGCAGGGACGGUUUUUGUCGAUAAUCUACAGCAAGCGAUAGACCUCGACGCUGUUGUUAACGCAACGCUGAAAGACUCGAAUAAACUCAGCAGUGGAACUUUCAGCUCAGUUUACAAAGCAACCAUGCCUUCUGGUGUGGUUUUGUCUGUCAGGAGACUGAAAUCUGUGGACAAGACGAUAAUCCACCAUCAAAACAAGAUGAUUCGAGAACUCGAAAGGCUAAGCAAGCUUCUUCAUGAAUCUACCAAGCAACCUGAAUAUCAGCCUGAUUGGCCAACUAGGCUAUCCAUCGCCAUCGGUGUCGCAGAAGGUUUGGCUUUCCUUCAUCAUGUGGCAAUAAUCCAUCUUGACAUUUCUUCUGGCAAUGUUCUUCUGGAUGCAAACUUCAAGCCAUUGGUCGGAGAGAUUGAGAUUUCAAAACUUCUUGAUCCAACCAGAGGAACCGGAAGUAUAAGUGCAGUUGCCGGUUCCUUCGGUUACAUACCCCCAGAAUAUGCAUACACCAUGCAAGUGACAGCACCUGGAAAUGUUUACAGCUAUGGUGUUGUUUUGUUGGAAAUCCUUACAUCUCGACAACCUGUUGAAGAAGAUUUUGGCGAAGGCGUAGAUUUGGUGAAGUGGGUUCAAAGUGCUCCUGUAAGAGGCGAAACUCCAGAGCAGAUACUUGAUGCAAGGCUUAGCACAGUUUCCUUCGGUUGGAGGAAAGAAAUGCUUGCUGCUCUAAAGGUUGCGUUGCUUUGCACCGACGGCACACCAGCCAAACGACCGAAAAUGAAGAAUGUAAUUGAAAUGCUUCGAGAAAUUAAGUAA